CGUAGCGGCUUGACUUCGAAGCUAUAAAAGGGGCUGACUUCAGCCACGCCGGCAGAUUGCGAGGAGACGACGACUCGUGGCUCCAGAUCAAGACACCGUCUUCCCGCCACUGACGCUUCAGAGACAGAGUCUUCAUCUUGACCAACCAACUGCAAGGUGACCUACCGGAGAGAUGAUGGACCCGCGUGUGUCGCUGCACGUGUGGCUGCUCGUCCUCGUCAUUAUGGGCACCGGCGUGACUGGUCAGGAAAUUGACGAGUGCGACACCAACAAUGGCGGCUGUGAUCAGAUUUGCACCAACACCAUCGGCAGUUUCCAGUGCUCCUGUCUGGACGGCUUCAGCCUCAACACGGACGGAUUCACCUGUGACGACAUUUUGCUGGAAGGGCCGCCCCCACCACCGCCGAUGCUACACCUAAGAGGCUCACCUCCACCACCACCACCACCACCACCAACCUUGGACUUAGGCGGCAACCUCCCCGAGUUGCAACAGCUUCUCACCGAUGCAGUCGAAGGUUCCUACACCGUCAGCCCAGACUGCAGCGUUAAUCUGGCUCUCAGCGGAUGUCGACUCGACAUGACUACUGACCCUGAUCUCUGUCUGACUGUCCGCCUUCUCCUGUCAGAAGUCCUUCCAAAUCUGUCGCUAGAUGACUAUAGUAGUGGUGUUGCUUCUGAUCUGUUUGACGUUGCUGUGUCAGGUAGCUACGCUGAUCGCUGUGAAGAUGAAUUAUCUAUUUCAGGAGGCACCACUCAGCCUAUCACUAUCGUACCUUCUGUCGUGACACUCGAUGCAUUUUCUAUCCAUGUAACUUAUACUUUGCCGCCGUCACUCAAUGCCACUGUUAUUAUAAUUAGCGGUGUGUGGAGCAUCGGUGAUGUUGAAUUCCUGGUGACGCUAGAAAAAUCCGACGGUGGUUUUGCUCUUAGUGGCUCGGUAGCAGAUCCUUCAGGUGUAACCACUGACAGGCUUAUUUCUGGGCUUUCUUCGUUUGUUCCUGGUAAUGCCAUUAGCGAGUUAUUCCACCCACUAAAGCUUGACAGCAUCUCCGUCACAGACCUAAAUGUUGUCGUUAUGAUUGCAGACGGUGGAUACAGCUUGGAACUUAACUUCAAAACAAAUAUUCUGAACUCACAGGUUUUCUUCUUCCUCAGCUCAGUUGAGUCAGAGGAUGGUUCAACUAGCCAGUCGUUUUCUUUGGGGAUCUCUGUCAAUUCUGUGCGCUUUGGCGAUCUUAUUCGAGAUGUUGUCGAUGAGAACGUUGUUGUUCCUAUCAUAAGUGACUUAGUUCUUUCCGAAGCGGCCUUGCUGGCAACGACUACAACACCAGAGCUCGACUAUCCGGUAUCUCUUUUGAAUGAGGUGGCUUCAGAGCUGUCUAGUGGUUUGGGGAUUGCCUUUAAGCUAAAGCUCUCCGACGAUGUUCCUUUUGGAACCUUCCUUCUCGGUUUGGACGGCAACAGAUACGUGUUUAAGGUCCUUUCAGAAGAAACAGUCCCAGUGAGUGCUCUACUGAGCAAGGCAAUAACCUCCUUCACUUCCAUCAGUCUUCCUCAACAGCUGCCUGCUGCAGACAUUCUAGCUGGGUCCCUGAAGAGUUUCGAAUAUGAUACCGAUACAAAGGUCAUGACAGUUUUUGCCGAUAUAGACGACUCUCUUGUCAUAAUAGAAAACAUUUUCGUUCUUGAGGAUCUAACAGCAACUUUCCAACUAGAAAAGGUGUCUCCAUCCUCGGCCUCAGGAAAUGCUUAUGACUUUAAUUUUGAAUUAGACUCAUUGUGGAAUAUUGGCCAGAUAUCGGUCAGAUGUGGAAUAUCGGUCUCUAGAGAUCCAAAAACAUUUUCCGCAUCUGGGUCUAUUGAAGGUGAGUUGCCAGUAGGCACCCUGAUUCAAGACUUCGGUGUAUCGUUUAUGCCAUCAGGUGCAUUGAGAGAUAUCCUGCAUAGUAUUGGCCUGGACGAGUUCUCUAUCGUGGACCCCAGUGUAGCAGUCAUAUUUGGGAAGGAAUUCGCUGUCCAUGUUACCGGAAGUGCGGUGAUCGGUGACUGGAGUAGUACUGUUGAGAUGAUAGUGGGCAGGGUGCAGUCCAAACUGGUUAUGGCGGCAGGCGUGACGCUGUCAAACAUCGGCAUAGUUGAAGUGGUUAGCAAGCUUACCGGGGGUGCACUUGAUAUUUCAGUGAUUCCAGGGGCAAGUAUUUUGUCACAUACAAGCGUUGCCUUUGUGGCGUCUCCCAGCACAAUGCCGCGAGAUCAGCACUUGACGAUGUCUUCCCCGCUGCUUGCUGAUGUAAACAUUGCGCAAGGAGUUAGCAUCGCAGCUUCUUUUACGCUUCCAGCAGGUUGUGGACAGGAUAUGUUUUGCAAAGUUGCGAAAAAGCUGCUCGGAGCUGAUAUUGAGCUCAAACUCCUUGCAACGUUGGCCACUGUGAGCGACCUGCACAUGAAGGCGGUUGUUGGAACCCCGGUGACUCUAGCUGAUGGUAUUGAGCUGCAGGAUGUAGGGCUUGAGAUAGAGGUCGGCACUACUAAUAAUGCAAUAGGCAUAACUGGUUCGCUGGAGUUCGAAACACCUCCUGUGAUCUUGAGGGGCGGAAUCGGAGCCUCGCAAAGUGGAGGAUACCUUAAAAUGUCUAUGGAAGGGAUGUGGAAUAAAGCGUUCGGAAUAGAUUUUCUUGCAAUCGGUGACAUCAUCUUUGAGCUGUCCAUCACUCCAGAAAUCUCUGUCAUCUCGUCAUUGGAAUUUGGGGGUCGUGCUAUAAUUGGAUACCAAAACGACCCCAACGCUACGCCCAUUGAGGGAUCAGCGUACAUAGGUGUGAACAAAAUAGAUUCACGACAGAACUAUUGCUCGGGCUCUAUAAGUGCGCUAACCGUCCCUGCCAUUCUUCGCGCUUUCGGCCAAAGCUUUAAGCUUCCGUCUUUCCUGGAAGAAAUUGGUUUUCCUGAUGGAGUCAGUUUUUCUUUCUCCGCUCAAGGUAAAACCCUAGAGAAUGGUGUUACCAUUCCCCAGGGAUUCUUCUUUAGCGGUACUUUGCAAAUACUCUCCUUCAGAGUGAGUGCAGACCUAAAACUUGACCCAACAUCCCUGUACGCCAAAGUGACGGUGGACGAAUUUGACAUAGGCAAUGGUUUGAUCCAUAUUUCUGGAUCAAGCUCCAAAACUGGCCCUAUACUGAAAGUCGACAUCGGCUGGAGUCCAAAGCGUGCAAAGCUGCUUAUCGAUGGUAGUGUCACAGUUCUCGGCAUCCACGCAAGCACAACAAUCUCCAUGGAUUCAUCCGGGACUUACUUCGCCAUCGAAGGAAAGUUCCUCAAUAAGUUUCAGGCAUCUCUCGAGAUAGAGGCCAGCUACGGAUCUCUGAAGGAAGCUGAGUUCAGGGCAACCGGGACAUUCAAGAACGACCUUUUCAGUUCUCUGAGGGACAAGGUCGAGGGCUUCAUGGACAACCUCGUGAAAGAAGCAAACAAGGCCCUAGACAGUGCCAGGAAUGCCCUCAACAAAGUUACGAAAGCCUGUGAUGCUGCAAAAAAACCUUUUAAUAAGGCUAAGGCUAAGGUUGACAGAGCACAGCGUGACUUUGACAAAGCAGUUGCAACGUUAAAAAAAGCAAGACGGGGCGUGGAGAAAGGAAAGAAAAAGUUCGACGACGCCGUGGCUUAUUUGAAUAAAAAGAAGCGAAGCUGCCGUUUCAAGAAGUGUAAAUGGUGCGACUGA